GUGCCCACGUGAUCCUGGCCUGCUGUCGGUGCCUGCGGUGAGGUACCUGGGCUCCUGAAGGGCGGGCGUUUAGGUCAUAACUGCCGCUGCCGGCGGACGCUCUCGGGCGACCAGGGUCGGUAACGACAAGCCGGCGGGGACAGUCACUACUUAGUGCCUACCGCACGGGUCUGCUCUUUCUGCCACCUCCGCCGUCUCCACCUCUUUUCGGGUGAAGUCACAUUUGCGUUUCGAGAUUUUGGGUCUUGAGGCCCAAACUCGACACGAGUCCCCACCACUCCUCUUUCACUCAUCCUCCGUCUCUUCCUUUGCACCACCACAUCAUUUAGCCUUUGAACUGGCCAGCUAGGCUGUUCCUUGAGGCCAAGUUCAAGGCGGUUUAAAGUAACCGUGGGGAAAGCAGCCCCCCAGUGGACAAAGGCGGAGGCAAGAAUAGAGCAGGCCUAGCGGCCACAGGCAAUUAAAGUAAGCGACUGAGGGUGUGAACAGGGAAAAAGGAAAAAAAAAAAAAAAAAAAAAAAAAAGAAAGAAAAGGAGUACUGCGGUUUAGAAAGGACUGGAAAGGACUUGUUGCACGAUGGAAGAAUCUGACUCUGAGAGAAAGAUGGAGAAAGAGAAUCUGGGGCCAAGAAUGGAUCCUCCCAUAGGGGAACCUGAAGGAUCGCUAGGGUGGGUGCUACCAAAUACAGCCAUGAAGAAAAAGGUGCUGUUGAUGGGUAAAAGUGGGUCUGGUAAGACCAGUAUGAGGUCUAUUAUCUUUGCAAAUUAUAUUGCCAGAGACACACGUCGCCUUGGUGCAACAAUACUAGACCGUUUACAUAGUCUUCAAAUUAAUAGCAGUUUGAGCACCUACUCUCUCGUAGACUCUGUUGGAAAUACAAAGACAUUUGAUGUAGAACAUUCUCAUGUUCGAUUUCUGGGAAACCUGGUAUUGAACCUGUGGGACUGUGGUGGACAGGACACUUUCAUGGAAAAUUAUUUCACUAGCCAGCGAGACAACAUCUUCAGAAAUGUGGAGGUUCUGAUAUAUGUGUUUGAUGUGGAAAGCCGUGAAUUGGAAAAGGACAUGCACUAUUACCAAUCAUGCCUAGAGGCUAUUCUGCAGAAUUCUCCAGAUGCCAAAAUCUUUUGCUUGGUACACAAAAUGGAUCUGGUACAGGAGGAUCAACGGGACCUGGUAAGAAAUAUAAAGGGUGCUGCACAAAAUGGUGCUUCUUUUCUGGUGAUUUCUCACUAUCAGUGUAAAGAGCAGCGUGAUGCCCACAGAUUUGAGAAAAUCAGCAACAUUAUUAAGCAAUUUAAGCUGAGCUGCAGCAAGCUAGCUGCUUCUUUCCAGAGCAUGGAAGUCAGGAACUCUAACUUUGCUGCUUUCAUUGACAUCUUUACAUCCAACACUUAUGUGAUGGUCGUGAUGUCUGAUCCAUCCAUUCCUUCUGCAGCUACUCUGAUCAACAUCCGCAAUGCCAGGAAACACUUUGAAAAGCUGGAGAGAGUGGAUGGACCAAAACAGUGUCUCCUCAUGCGCUAAACAUUGCCACAUGUUGUUUCAAAAAAUUUUGAAAUACUGUUUCUUAAUUAAUCUUAAUGUUGUAUUCAUAUAUGUAGGCUCUGAAAUGUGAUGCUUACCACUUGUGUAUUUCUUCCCCACAUCAGUCUUAACGUUUAACCUUGAAUGCUAUUUACUAAAAUAGCCAGUGAGAAGUUAGAAAAUGAGCUGUUCAUGGACUUGAUGUGACAUAAAAGUAUGUGAUAUGUAAGUGUUCUGAUAACAAGAUUCUAAUAGUGUGUGUUCUGAUAACCUGGUUCUAAUAGUUGUGUAUGCCAUAGCCUUUUCCAACAUCAUCUUGUAUUCCUCAUUGGAUAGUAACCUAUAAGUUUGGAAUAUUACUAAUUUCUCAGCAUGCAUUAAAAUUAUUCCUUAACUUCAACUGUAAAUAAACUUUUGCUGUUAGGGA